AUGGCGAUAAAUAAGCGACUUACAGUGAUCAUUCUAAUCUCGUCAUUAAUCCUUGACAUUAUUGCAUUUUCUUGCAUUUUACCCUUAUUUCCAACAUUAAUCGAUUUCUAUGGAUCAAAUGAACGUCGAGAUUGGUUGUAUAAUUCAUUGGAAAAAUGGGCUUCACUGUUUCAAAAACUCAUUGGAAUACCGAUGAUAACAAACUAUAAUAAUGUUAUUUUUGGAGGCUUGCUGGGCUCACUGUUUUGUCUCUUACAGUUUCUGUCCUCUCCGAUAUUGGGGGCUUUUUCCGACGUUUAUGGUCGAAAAUCCAUUAUGGUGAUGUGGGCUCAAGCGAGAACUUUUUCAAUAUUCGUCCUCUCACGGAUUAUCGCUGGCCUAAGCAAAGCAAGUACUUCCAUAUCACUUGCUAUUAUUGCUGAUAUUUAUCCUGAAAAUACUGUUGGAAAAGGAAUGGCCUUAAUAGGUGUUGCUUUCUCAGUUGGUUUCAUUCUCGGUCCCAUGCUAGGCGCAUAUUUUUCAAGUACGUCUCCACCAGCACAAAUUGCCAUUUAUAUUACAAUUAUUGAAUUAUUUCUCGUGAUAUUUUUGAUGUCAGAAACUUUGGAAUCUUCUAAAAGGCGUUCAGAAAAAGUCGAUCUCCGCCGUAAUUGCUUGUUGUAUAUCAAUCCAUUUGCUUUGUUUAAUUUUCAUGCUGUUUCAACUGCAACGACUUCAACUAAUUUGGCCAAAAUGAGAAGUUAUGGUCGAUUUUAUUUCUUUUAUAUGUUUCAACAUUCUGGCUUGGAAUUUACACUUUCAUUUUUCACUCAUGUGCAAUUUGGAUAUAACAGGUGUGGGAUUCUUAGAAGGCUUUCAAAUGAAAAACAGCUCCAAACUGCGCUCAUUUCCAUUGCGUUAUUGGUCCCAGCUUAUCUUAUCAUUGCGUUUGGUACGACCAGCCUUGUCUUCUACAUUGGCUUGUCUAUAUAUGCUUUGGCUUCGGCAGUCGUUGUACCAGCCACCACAUCAUCCGUAUCACUCUUGGCAUCUGACAAUACUAAAGGAGUAACAUUAGGCGUGUUUCGGUGCCUAGGAGCUCUGGCCAGAUCGUUGGGUCCUCUUUUUUCUUCUUCGAGUAAGUUUUUUUGGCUGAUGGGCCCAACGAUUUGUUACGUUUUUGGCGGUUUCAUGUUUAUUAUAUCAUACUGGAUGCUCUCACAAUUAAUACGCGAUAAAACGAAAGCCAAAGCCGAACGAUAG